AGUUUUUCCCAGUUUUUUGUUAAAAAUCGCAUCCUUAACCAGCUGGCGACAGAAGAAGAUUCUUUCUCUGCUGAUUUAGGCCCACAGAGCAGGGUAGGGACAGCAUCAGUGGGACAGCAAAGCCGGCAAAAAUCAAAACAAACAUUUCGUAACACGUUCCGGCAACCAGUAAUUUAGGCGGUUUGGAGCAUGAUUUCGGCCGUGGGACACCUUACCAGACUCGCCAGGAUAUCGCUACCGAAACUAGCUUUUACGAGGCAUCUACACCGGCACCAAACGCUGCUCGCGGGCCACUCGAAAUGGCAAAAUAUUCGUCACGUGAAGGCGCUGAACGACGGGCGGAAAGCGGUUCUGUUCAUCAAACUGGCUCGCCAGAUCCGGCUAGCGGUGCAGGCCGGUGGCCCCAAUCCAGCGGUCAACAACGUCCUCCGAGCGGCUAUCGAUGAAGCGCUGAAGAAGAACAUGCCCAACGCCACCAUCCAGGGAAUCCUGAAAAAGUGCACCGCACAAUCGGUCGAACUGAAGAAGUACACCGUCGAGAUUAAAGCACUGGAUCGGGUGAACGUAAUCUGUGUGCUGUACACGGACCGGUUUGCUCAGCUGAAGAUGGAAAUGGCCACAAUUCUGCGGAAGAACUUCGCUCUUUUCUUCGAUACCAUGCACGCGUUUGACGAGAGGGGUUUCAUCGAGGCCAUACCGCCGCCGGAGGUGACGAACGAUCAGCUGGAAUCCGUGUGUACGGAUCACGCAAUCGAAACGGGUGCCGAGGACAUCGAGGUGAUGGAUGAAGGCAAUCGGUUAGUUAGGUUCCUGUGCGAGGCCCGGGUGGUCGAUCAAGUAAAGAAAGAACUGGAAAAGCUGAACUACAGCGUGGAACACUGCGAGCAGGCAUUCUUUCCCAAGUCGACCAUCAAACUGAAUGCGGAUGCAAUGUUGGCGUACGAGAAGCUAAAGGAGAAGCUAAAAGCGAUGGACGGAGUGGAGGACAUUUACGAUAACGUGGAAAUUGCGGGCUAACCGUUGGGGGAUCUUGACAAUUAAUGAUGCGCUUGUGGCUGUUACUGUAAUUAAGACAUGAUGCCGGUAAUUUUACCUUUA